AUGGGUAGGAGACCAGGACUAACAAAGAAGAAUCAAGCAGGAGCAGAAGGGAACAAUGAUGAUGCACUACUUAAAGAUCAGUCUGUCAACGAAAAUCUGUCCUCAAUAGCAAAGGAUGGUACUCCCGAAGCAACGAUUGAGUUGACCGAAGUAGCUAUAGCGGAGGAUGGAUCAUUGAAGGGUAAAUCAACUAGGAGAUCUAAGCGACUUCUCAAGGAAAGAGCUCCUACCGGGGAUUUUGGUAUCCAAAGUGAGGUUGGAACUGUAGAAGCAGAACAAGAUUUCCCGCAAAGUCCCGAAGUAGAGAAGAAGGAGUCAGACGAAGUAGAGCGCCUUUUUAAACUCGUCGAACAACAACAAAUGAGAAUUGAUGAACUGGCUGCUGAGAAAAGCUUCUCACUUGACGAUCUAAUUAGUGUGGCUGAAAUUGGGCUAAAGGCAAAAGCAAACAAGUACAAGAACAUGUGUGCAGAUGCGGAAAGGAAGAUCCAGGGCUUGCAGAAAAAAAAGCAUGAGCUAACCAGAAAGUUGGAAUGUGCUAAUGCCAAACUUGAAGGGUAUGAAAUGGGGCAGCAGUGUAUGUUUGAGGUAAUUGAGAUGUUCAGGGAUGCAUCUCACUUUGCUGGUCUAACAAAAACAACUGAAACUAUAGCUGAGCUUCCAUCAACUGGUGAUGGCGCUAAUACUCUUAAGCGCUCAGCUCCAACCAAAAAACCACAAGCAGCCAAAAGAAAGAAAGUUGGUGAUAUUUCGAACCCCUCGCCUGAAACAAAAUCCCAAGCACCCAAAAAAAAGAGAGCCGUUACUGUUAAAGGUGAUGGGAGUUCUCUAGCAGGCACCCAAAAGUAGGAAUCAGAAUGAAAACCUGUCAUCGGGUCGACUUGGUCAGAAAUGUUCUUUCCAGUUUCCUUUUUGCAACAGAAAAUUUCUUGGUUAGAAUUGCGUAGGAAAAAAAUUGUCCAUUUGAACUAAUGAUGAUUGUUCUGUUAGUAUAUGUACUUAUCGGUUCAAGAAAGUGCUGACCUCAAACAGCUUCUGCUUUGAUGUUAGUUUUCGCGGUUAUAUUUGCAUAGUU